AUGGCUGCCCCUCGACGGCAGUCCACUAUCUCCACGGCCAGCGCUGCCACAGAGAAAGCGCCCAACCAACCUGAAAAACAACAACCACCAGCAUCCGCCCGCCAGAGCCAGAUCAUCCAGCAGCAGCCGGCGGGCGGCCUGCGCGUGCCCUCGAACCGCAAAACCAUCUACGACCGACACCUCAAUCGCAGCCAAAAGGCCGAUCUGAGUCGUGCUUCGUUUGCGUUUUUGUUUGCUGAGAUGGUGACUUAUGCUCAGCGGAGGGUGACGGGGAUUCAGGACCUGGAGAAGCGAUUGAACGAACAAGGCUAUCCCCUCGGUCUGCGACUGCUGGAUCUCCUCUUCUACCGCUCAGUAUCGAGCUCGUCUUCCUCUGCCCUCUCCUCGUCCUCGUCGACCUCGUCCUCGCCGCCGAACCGCCCGCUUCGUAUCCUGCCACUGCUGCAUCUGAUCCACGGACCGCUCUGGCGCCUGCUCUUCCAGCGUCCUGCCGAUGCGCUGGAGCACUCGGUGUCGCCGCAGACGCCCAAUGAGUACAUGAUCACAGACAACGACCCGCUCGUCAACACGUAUAUCAGCGUGCCCAAGGAAAUGAACAUGCUCAACUGCGCUGCUUAUGUCGCGGGCAUUAUCGAGGGUGUGUGUGACGGCUGCGGCUUCGAGGCGAAAGUGACUGCGCAUAACCAGGCAACCGAGAUGUGGCCUGCCAGGACGGUGUUUUUGGUGCGUUUUGGCGAUUCGGUUAUGGAGAGAGAGAAUGUGUUGGAGAGGGCUGGGGUGAAAUAA